AUGUCGCACACCUGUUGCAUCGCUGGGUGCACAAAUGAUGCCGAAUUCCCGCUCCGCAAGAUUCAAGGGACGGUCAACAUCAAAAAGGAGUUAAUAAACACACUUCCCAGAGAGUGGAAAAUUUGCAAACCAGAUUUCAUCCGUCUUCUUAAAACAAUGGAGUGCUGUAUCGACUUGUGUGACAAGACUCCGACAUUUUACGAAAUGCCCGAGUCAAAACUCAACUUGGUCUCCCUUAAGUCCGAGUGCUCACACCAUCAACUCUGCCUUUUCCACGCAAAUAAAUACUGCGAACAGUUCAAUCAACAACCAAACUCACGGCCACCCGUCGCCGCACAACCUCCCGUGGAAAAAAGACUUGCGGACGAUGAAGACACCGUGACUGAGUCGAAUCAACAAAACAAUAGUGACACCGACACUUCAACAGAAACACGAGAAGAAGUUAUCCCACAACCAACUACUGCUCCUUUUACAACAAUUCCGAGUGUAGCCGUGCAUGUACCAGAACCAAUAAAAGAAGAGAAGCCUGCCGAGCCUAAAAAGGUAGAACCGAAAAAGAGAGGGCUGAUCAUAGAAGAUGGGUCUGACGAAGUUCAAUUGACUAAAAAGAAGGUUGAACCAACGAAAGAACACGCCCCACAACGACAUAUGGACGAAGAAAUACGAAAGAAUGAAAAAACGGAACAAAAGGUCGAGGAGCAAAUCAAGGAAGAGCACCACUGCUGUGUUGAUAACUGCAACUCACUUGUCCAACACGAAAUUCCGAUAUUACAACCACUUCACGUCUAUGUAUGUCAGGGACAUCUCAGUGAUAUUGUAAAGCUUUGGAGAAUCUCACUUAUGUCACACCAAAUUGUUCUCAACGAAGAGUGUUUGCAACUGGUCAGGGUUAUUGAUAACCAAAUGAAUCCGUUUUGGAAGUAUGAGAACCCGGGUCAAAACGAUGUGAAGUGCGCUUUGUGUUGUGGGUAUUACAACAAAGAAGAGACAUACAACUGCUCAUUCUGCCCAUUUACCUUCUGUGUCGAGUGCUAUAAACACUUGUGUUUAACAUUGGGUACUCCACAACAAUUCAUUUCGAACAAGGCGAGGUGGAAGUGUUUUGUCUGUUCUUGUUGCGAGCAGGACAAGAUGGAACGUAACAAUUUCAUCAAACAACAACUCAAAACGUUGCUCAGUGUUGUCGAUGUCAGGUUGAAAGAUGGGUGCGUCAUUGGGAAAUCACAAGAGGAGCUCAAAGAGUUUGUAGACAGUCUUCAUCAGUAA